ACGCAUAAAUCCUAAUUUAAAAAUGAAAGUAAUUAUAUUUUUGGUGUUAUUUUCAUUACUUAAAGAUGCAGAAUUGUUUUCAUUUGAUCAAUGUGGUGUAUCUGUCAGUUGUUUAACUUUGCCUCCAGGAUGUACAAGUUUUACAUCAUGCAACGCUGUUGCUCAAUAUUAUUAUAAUAAUGUAACUUUAAGGUUGGAGAUACAACUUUCUUCUAUAAAUAAAUGGGUUGGCUUUGGUCAAGUGUUGAGUACUGCACCGAAUGGCAUGACCAAUUUAUAUGGCGCAUAUUGCAUAUUAGGAAGUGAUGGAAUCCCUAAAUUUGGGUUGUUCAAAUCAUUGGGCAUUGGUAUGGUGAAUUACAUAAAUACUUCAAAUGUUGCAUAUGUGACAUUAUUACAGACUACUGUGAAUGGAACUUACUUCACUUGCUCGUACUCGCGUCCUUUAGAUGUAGGAAUAUAUGCUGACAGUUUGCUUCCUCUUAAUGAUACACAGUACAUAGCUGCAUUAGCAUACGGAAACAAUCUAACAAGCCUGGGAUUGUUAAGACACCACAAUGACAAGUUCUCAACUAAUUAUACUAUAGACUGGACUAAAAAUGGCAUGCCAAGUAAUUCAGCUUCUGCUACGCCGACGCCAGCUUUUUCUACACCGACAUCUAGUAAUACUACAAGUAAAACAAGGUCAUCUGGGUUCAUUAUCAAAGCCUCGAUUAUGUUAGCGUUUACAUCCGUUAUGGUUUUUCUGCUUAUUUAAAAAUUCAUGUGGUAAUCUUUGAUGAUUUGUAUUUACAAGUUUUCACGAUAAUUUUUCAACAGUAUUUUAGUUUAUAAAUGUGUCAAACAGUGAA